CAUUACAAUCAUAUAUGAUUCUGAUAUACGACAUAUCUAAGAUAUAUAUAUCAUGGAUAAAAAUAGCCCAGGAUUGGAUAUGAAACAUGGAUUUAUUCAUCAUAUCAGAAGAAAUCAAAUGAAAAGGGAUGAGUAUGAUAGAAAGAUCAAAUCAGAUUCCUAUAAACCAAAAAUGGACAAAACUGAUUCUCAAAAAUAUCCUGACAAGAAAGUUUAUCGACCCAAACCUGCUAGGAGCAGUCAUCAUGAUCAAGCAGAAACACUUGAUGUACCUCCUAAGAUAAAUGGAACUGGGAAGCUUCUUUAUUAUCUGGAAUAUACAGACAAUGGGGGCUGGGUUCACAAAGUAUCUGUUCAUCGUGAUGACAAUCCCAAAGAAUUAGCAAAGCGCCUCGCUGUAGCUGCUAAAAUUCCAAAUGAUCUUCUUGAAACAUUGGAGUGGAAAAUCCAGCAAGAUAUUGCCAAGCGUGACACGAAUCAAUGAUGAAAAACUAUCUGCCUCUUAUGUCACCAUUUUGAUCUGAUUUCCAAGUGUUAUUAUUGUGCCUAAUUGAUUGAUUGCAGUCAAUUUCAGAACAUUAUUGAAGGGCUUGUUGCACUGUGCCAUAACUUAUUGAUUGUAAGCUAAAUUUGAUACUGGUGACCUCCAUUCAAUAUAUUAAAAAGACCAGAUGACUUCAAAUCAAUUAAAAUAUUUUUUGACCCAUUCUCACUUAGUUGUUUAUGACGUAUGUUUUUUCAUGCUUCCAGUAUUUGUAAGUCUUUAGAUUAUUAUUUAAUGAUCUUGACCCAAACUGAACUAUGUAUAUAAUUGAUACAACAGGUGAUUUUGAAACUACCAGAAAGGUUGGAACUGCUCAUUUUCUAUAUUUUUUUUCACUGUGAAGCUGCUUUCAUUUGUAUUUACCUAUAUGAUUUUAUUACAUUAUAAUUUUGCGUGGGAUGUGCUUGCAAAGGCUAUAUAUGUAUGGUCAUUAACUUGUUCAACCAAUUUCGUAUUUUAUAACAUGAAUUUUAUUUUUUGGGAAUUUCCGCAGA